CGACAAGCCUGUGAAUAUCUUUCUUCCAACCAAACCGAAUUCAAGAUGGUCAACAAGCUUCUUGUCGCUUCUCUCUUGGUCGGGGCCUCUCUGGCUUCCCCCUACCCGCCGUCCGCCAUUGACGGCCCUACCGCCCCAGUUCCCGACACUGUGGACUUUUCGAUUCCCAAGAAGGCUGAUGCUAGCCACUUUAAGCCUUCAAAGUCUAGCAGCUCUCCUGUUUCCAGGACCGCUGAUGCACCUGUUGUCGCCAAUGCCAAGCUUGAGGCGCGAGUGACUGGCGAGAGAGUCAACAACGCCGUCGCCCGCUUCGACAACUCCAACAUCCAGGACGGAGUUGGCGCCGGCAGCGACACCUACACUAUGUACUGGGGAGAUGGAAGCACUGGUGCUGGAUGGCCCGCUCAGAGCCGCUGGGUGUCGUUCCAGACCAUGUUUGACAACUACAAGAACCAGAUGUUCGCCUCAUGCCAAAACCUGCCCACCCCCCAAGCCAACGACAGCGGCCCCGAAGUUGGAGCUAUCUGGGAUGGUAUUCAGCAAGCAGCAGCUGCUACCGGCGUGGAUCAUAGAUUUAUCCUUGCCAUCAUCAUGCAGGAGUCUCAUGGUUGCGUCCGAGUCCACACCACCGCGAACGGUGUCCGCAACCCCGGCCUCAUGCAAGACCAUAACGGUGCGGCUACCUGCAAUGAAAACGGCAGGGUACAGAAUCCGUGCCCUUCUGCGACUAUUUAUCAAAUGAUUCUUGAGGGAACUGCUGGAACUACCAGCGGAGACGGUCUGGCGAACUGCAUCAACCAGUCCGGCCGAAGCGACGUCUCGGCCUUCUACCGUGCUGCCCGCAUUUACAACUCAGGCUCAAUCUCAAACACCGGUCAGCUUCAGAACGGUAUUGCUACUCACUGUUAUGCCAGUGAUAUUGCUAACCGUCUGACUGGUUGGGUGAAUGCUCGCAAUGGAUGCAACUGUGACGGCAACCCUGGUAGCUGCGGCAUCACCACCAACUAAGGGAAAAUAGAAUGCGCUUGUUGUAUUUAGCGUAUAAAAUUGUUUAUUUCGACGUACUUUCUUAUCCCGUAUGUACAUAAAUAUUGGAAUUUGUACAUAGCCUUGCUUUAGUUGUAUAUAAUCGACAUCA